AUGUCAAUCUGUCAUGUCACCUCUAAUAAAUUUCCAGCGAUGAACUACCAACAAAAUCCAACCGAAUCACUGAAGAAAACUCUACCGCAACCAACAGCCUCGAACAAACUCCCACUCAGCAGGGAGCUCGUGGAAAACCUGAAAGCCGAGAAAAUCAACCUGAUCGAUUUGAAUGAGAAACUGAAGAAGAAAUUGAAGUACGCCAAGCGCAACUCUUCGACCAAACGGGCCGAUUUGGCGCGGGAAAACCGGGAGAAAUCCGAACUAUUCGAAACCGUGGAGGACUUGUCGCGCAUCGUGGAAAAAUUCAAAUCGAACGAUACGUUCGAGAUCGAGCGACGCGAGAGCCCCAUCGCGAAUUUUCUCGAUUUCCUCGAGGAAAAAGCCCACCGAAACGACGAGGAAUCGCCCAUAAUUCCAACGAAAAAUCUAGACGUCCACAAACUUCUGGAAAGCCAACUGUCCGACGCAAGGCGAGCCCUGGAAGACGUGGAAACGGAAAACUCGCUGCUCAAGCGGAAAAACCGGCAAUUGCGCGAGGACCUGGACACCUACAAGCGCCAAUUGGACGAAACCAUCGAGCAAUCGGACGUGGCCAAUCGCAAUCGCUACGUGCUGGAAGAGGACAAGCGAAAACUGGAAUUCGCCGUGUCCGAAUUGCGAAUGGAAAAGACCAAAAUGGCCGAUGAAACGGCCGGGAAAAUCUCCAUCGACACGGAACUCGCCCUGAGGAAUAUAUCCGAUGCUUACGAACGCAAGUCGAAGGAGGUCGAACGAUUGAUGGAGCAAUUGAUUAGGGCCGAGAACAUCAUCGAACAAUUCCGCCAACAGUUGAUUUCUGCUUAUAAAUAA